UGUAAGUUCACUUCGCGUGCCGUUAAGAUCAUCAGCGGGGGGACGGUCCUCAAUUGUGUCUCUGAAUGAACACAAUAACAUAUGCGUGAAAAGAACUCAGAACUUCUUCGAUAUUUUACUUUAGCUCUCAGUUACUUGGAUCAACCGUCUCUCCCUCCCUCAACCAGCUGGUGAAGAUGGCUGGGGAGGCGUUACGAUGUGUGGUGCUGUUGGCGCUGUGUUGUGCUGGUACUUACCAAGCCAGAAUUGGUGACGAGAGAGUGAGCCUUCACACAGGACGACCCAUCAAUGCUUCUGUCACUCAAGGCUCCUGUACAUUGGACGGUCUGACUUAUCCCAGCGAGACGGCCAUUCCUCGCGACCACCCCUGUCACUACUGCAUUUGUUACCAGAGUCAGGUAACGUGUUAUUGGAAGCAGUGUGCAGCGGCUCCCAGGAACUGUGCCAUCAUGCAUUUUGAGAACGUGUGCAACCCCUCCCUCUACAUGUGCAAGAUCCCGGAGAAGGCGCGGCCGGAGCCUAAGAGGAGGUAUGGAGACAGGAUCAACUCCCUUCGUCGCCGCCGUCUGAUACGUGAGGCCACGCCCACCUCCUCCUCCCUCAGGCUACCUGUCGACGAACCCUUCCCCGCCAAGUUCGAUGAGGCCUUCGUAGCUCGGGUGGAGAGGUCAGUGAGAAUGCGUCGUGCCCUGGACGGCUCCUCAGCGCAUCACCACCACCACCACCAUGACAAGUCCUGUACUAUCCUAGGGGUCAAGUAUAACCUAGGCGAGGUCAUAGGUGUGGCAUCAGAUGUGUGUAUGGAGUGCAGGUGUGCGGCGGGGAAGAUGUUCUGUUCCCCGAGGUGCUGCUUCCUGCCCUCACCCUUCCAGCUCUCCCUUAACCACCAGGAGGCCCUCACCAGCAGGCAGCCAGGACCAGCUCGACCACACCCUCUCUCCUACGUCCGCAACCAAUACGAGGAAGAUCAGGUGCUUUCUUGGUUGUGAUUGGUCUAAUAUCAUCAUCGACAGCCAAUCAGAGAAAGUCAAGGUCCUAUCUUAGUUGUGAUUCGUCUAUCGUCAGCCAAUACCAUACAGCCAAUCAACGAAAGACCAGUCCCUAUCUUAGUUGUGAUUGGUCGACAAGUAACUAGUAUAUCCGUCAACAACCAAUCAGAAUGGCUUUAAACAAGAGGAACAGUUCCUCUGAUAAACUGGUUUGUCUACCAGUCAGUACAAGUUAACAGUACCAGUUAAGAGGAACAGUUCCUCUGAUGGUUGACUCGUCCACAACCAGUCAGUACCAGUCAGAGAGUACCAGGAGGUACUACUAGGGGGGGGCAGUGUUGUAGGACGACUCACACCAAUCACUGAACACACACACACACACACACACACACACACACACACACACACACACACACACACACACACACGCACACAUGCCAUAUACACACAGUAUGUACACCACACUGAUGUACGUAUAUGGUGUCAUGAUAAUUCGUACACAUGUGCCAUUCUUAUUCGUACACAUGACUUUAGCAUUUAGUGAAGAGCUUAUAUGAGCAUUGUAAACAUUGUAUUGUCUGAGUAGUGAGGAAUGUUUAUUAUAUAUAUGUGAAGUAAACACCGUGUUGAUGUUUAAGUUCUUGUAUAUGUAUAUUUUAGUCUAUAUAUGUAAACAUUUAUUCAUAUAUCUGUCUAUUUCAAUCUGUCUAUAUAAACAACCAUCUGUCUAUUUCACUCUAUACAUCUUAAAUGUUUAUCUGUCUA